AUGGCAACUGUGCAACCUUUGCCUUCAAUACCCGUGUUAUAUGGUAGUACAACGACAACUGAACAUCUAGAUUCUUGUGAGGCUUUGGAAUCAGCAGACUAUCAAUAUGAUAAUUCAAGUGAGAGCGAAGGAGAGGAGGUACUGUCCCCAGUUAUUAGCUAUGAUCAAUCUGAUGAGUCACAAACAAUGCCCACUGAUGAUAUACCUAACGUGGAAACGGCUACCGGAGUACCUCUACCAGCAGCUGAGCCAGAUAAUCCAGUGAUUCUGUUAGUACUACCAAAAGAAACCGAACUAAACGAUGAGGCCAGCAGAAUGAUCAAAUUUGAACCACACUGUAAGUUUACGCCACUGACGUUCAACCCGGUCGACAAGAAAGCAAGGGCUGCCGAUAACAACAAGCAAGCUGUGAUGAACGCUACUGAGGACACUAAGGACCCUCAGCAGCGAGGUGGACUAUCAGCUCAGUAUGCCGGCUGA